UCAGGGUUGCGUUUGGAGUAUGUGGUUGCCACGUUUUUAGGGGAAGGGGAUUUCAACCACUGUGAAAAGUCCAAGAGUUUAUCCUGGAACAGAGUGAGGAAAGUAGGAGGGAAGAUAGAAGCACAUUUUCCUCAUCUUUGCCUCCACAGGCAUUUCUUCUGUGGAAGAAUGGGGGCAGGAGCUCUGGCCAUCUGUCAGCAUAACAAGACAGCGGUGCAGAUUAAAGAAGACAUGAAGAAGAUGGUCCAGAUACCCAUACUGCGACCCAGGACAGUGACGGCCAAGCACGCCAAGUUGUUUGGGGUGUCCCUGUUUGAGCUGCAGGAGAAGGGCCAGAUGGAGGACGGUGUGCCUCGGGUGUUGCGAAGGCUGGUGGAGCAUCUCGGCAAGCAUGCCUUGCAUCAGGAGGGUCUGUUCAGAGUGAAUGGGAAUGUGCGGGCUGUGGAGACCCUGAAACAGCGACUGGAGAGUGGAGAGGAUGUGGACCUUCUCUCUGAAUCUGAUUCGUGUACAGUGGCCAGCUUGCUGAAACGAUACCUCAGGGACCUGCCAGAGGGUCUGGUGGACUCAACAGUCCAACAGGCACUGAUACAUCAAUACCAAGAGUGUGCCGAUGAUGUCUCUUGGACAGAUAUGAGAGACCUGCUCCAGCAGCUUCCAGACGUCCACCACAACCUCCUCCGCUACCUCUGCCACUUCCUCACCCUUGUGGAGUGCAACCACAAGGAAAACCGCAUGACUGCCCACAACCUUGCUACUGUGUUUGGACCCAGUGUCUUCCAUGUGGCUCCUGGUUUUGAAGCAAUGAAGGACCAAAAUAUCUGUAACAAGAUUAUGGUCAAGCUCAUCCAGAACUACAGCAAUAUAUUUGAGACCGACAGAGACAGAGAAGGCCGCACAGAAGAACAAUCCACCCUUAUUGUUGUCAAGGAGGCACACGCGACAGAUGCCGACACCAAGAAUUCACCCAGCCACCUCAAUGCGACGGAGCCGACGCCGGUUUCCAGGACAAAGGCUGGACAAAAAACCCCACCACAAAAUGUAGAACCUCUGAACAAAUCCUCCGCUGACACUCCGAAGGCGAGGCAGAGGAAAAGGAAGGUGAGGAAAGGGAAGUGUGACGGCAUGACUCAAGUUAUCCCUCGGCCCAGACGCUCUGCUGGGUUGCCCCAUGCGAGACCCCUGUCCAUAGUUUUGCCCCUGACCUCACAGCUGAGGACUACCAGUCCAGAGCCAAUGGAGACUGCUCCCAUUCCACUGGCUCGCCAAGACACCCCAGACGCUGCCUCGCAACUAAAGCACCUCGAUGUCAGUCCCUCUGGCAGCAUGGAGGGCCUCAGCAGCUCACAAGAAGAUGAGAGGCCAAUAUCCCCUUUCUACAUGAGUAACCACCUCUCUCCUGUCCAGUGCAGACCAGAUGUUGUAAAUUUUCUGGACCGGACGAUACGUUCAGCAGUGGAGCAGCACCUGUUCGAUGUAAACCCUUUAGGGGAUCAAAGUUCAGAGGACUGUGAGUUGACUCCACGUCCACCAUCUCCAAGAGUGAAGGCAACUGCCCGACAGAGACGUCGACACCAGAGAGAGCAACAGGAGGAGGGGCUGAGACACAAAGAAAGAAACAGAGCUGCGUCCAUCAGAGCAGACACCAACAAGGAGAACAUCCCGUCGAGCGGUGGAAGCAGUUCAGGCAGCGUGGGGGAGGACACGGGAAGCGGCAUGGACUCACAGGGAGGCCAGGGUGGUCACACAGAGCGAACCCCCAACCCCAGGAAGUCGAAACACAGCCCGACACUGAUGCAGCUCACUGACAACCAGGAUGCCCACGCAUUCAAAGAAUGGGUUGGUGAGGGACCUGAAGCAAACCACAUGGAGACAUUUCAUAACGGGAAUGAAAUUUCAAGAAAAGAUGGCCUUCCUCCCCCUCCACAGACGUUAAGGAUGAAGAUCCAGGAGUCGCCCGUCACUUGUGACACGGGGAGGGUCGGCGGCGGAGACGUGCGAGGCUCAGACCCGGACUGCGAGAGGACGAGCUGCGAGGACGUGCCCCGGCUGGAUCUGACAGCACUGACUGAGGACAACAACUGGGGAGAUUCCCUGUUCUUCAACGCCCCUUUCCUUGAUUUCAAAAGCAUUUUUCAUCCAAGUUGUUAUGAUGAACCCGUCCCGGCGUACUCGCCACUGCAGAGGGAGAGCAUGGACCGCGAGGAAGCUCGACUCUCCCCCCACGCCGGGGGGCGUCUCAUCCGCCAGCUGCUGGAGGAAGACAGCGACCCGAUGCUGUCCCCUCGCUUCUACGCCUACGGGCAGUGCCAGCAGUACCUGGACGACACUGAAGUGCCUCCCUCACCACCAAACGCACACUCAUUUGUCAGUCGCAGACGGAGUUCGUCUCUUGGAUCAUGUGACGAUGAGAAGGAGGAGUUGACAUCCGCCCAGCUCACAAAGAGGAUCCACGUGCUGAAGAAGAAGAUCCACAGGUUCGAGGAGAAGUUUGAAGAGGAGCGGAAAUACAGGCCAUCCCAUGGUGAUAAAGCUGCAAACCCGGAGGUGCUGAGAUGGGUAAACGAACUGUCCAAGCUGCGUAAAGAGCUAAAAGAACACAAGUUGAUGAAGUCUGAAGAGGAUUUGCCGCCAAUGACUCGCCAGCGCAGCAACACGCUGCCCAAAAGCUUCGGCUCUCAGCUGGAGAAAAAACCCCAGCAGGAGAAAGUGCCCAAGCCUCCGGUGGAAAGCACCCUGGAGACGAUUUUGAAGAAGCUGCAGGAGAAGAGGGAGGAGGUGAGCCGCUCUGAGGACAUCAAGGAUAUGACAAGAGAGCAGAUCGGAGCGGAGAAAGUCGCCCUGCAGAAAGCUCUACUCCACUACGAGAGCAUACACGGUCGACCGGUCACUAAGAGCGAGAGGCAGAUCAUGAAACCCCUGUACGACAGAUAUCGCCUGGUGAAGCAGAUCCUGUGCAGAGCUUCCACCAUCCCCGUCAUUGGCUCUCCCUCCAGCAAGCGCAGAGGUCCCCUCCUUCAGCCUAUUAUCGAGGGCGAAACCGCACUCUUCUUCGAUGAUAUCAAGGAGGAAGAGGACGGCUCAGAGGACGACGGAGACUCAAAGACCCAGUUCACCGUGACCGCCCGGCCCGACCUAAGCGUGCUCGGCUUGCUGGACCACAUGGACGAGGAAGCGGACGGUUUCAUUUCACCCGUGGACGACCUCUCGCCGUCAAAGAACAUGACGGACAUGAGGCUGUCCAACCUGCACUCCGCCACCACGCAGGAACUUGUGGAGCAACUCCAAGAGGCUCGAGAGGAGAAGAAGAUUCUCCGCAAAAACCUGAAAGAGUUCGAGGACCAGUUCUUCAGACAAAAUGGAAGAAAUGUGCAGAAGGAGGACCGCUCCCCGCUGGCAGUGGAGUACAACGAAUACAAGCACGUUAAAGCCAAACUGCGGCUGCUGGAAGUCCUCAUCAGCAAAAGAGACUCGACUAAUCUAAGAGACAAAUAAAAGACUCUAAAAGGACUGAUGCUUAAGUCUCCAGAAACACAUCUCACCCUGCUGGAAAAAAAACAUCUGAUUUCGCUUCUGGGCGCCAUCUGUGCCUCUCAUGUUUCUGGCUGGGGCCUGUUAAUCUGUUCUGUCGGGCGCAGUGGGGGUUUUUUUGGAGCACACAGAGAGCCGCCGACCCACACCUAAUUGAAAGCGACACAGAGUGACCUGAGGAGUUUGUUUCUAACCAAACCUCACCUUCAGGAUGUUUUUUUUCCCCUCGAGACUAAGCAAACACGCACACAAAUAACCUGAAUCACACUUUUAUUGCUAAUAAUUUAUUUCUAUCCUUGUGAAUGUUUAUAUCGGAAAAGUUAUUUUUCUCGCGCUUUCACUGUAGAAGUCUUAAAAAUAAAACUUGUAAGUAAAAUAAUAGAUAUCAAAUUAUUGCUAUUUUUAAAGAAGGAUUUUGCGAUCAAGAUUUCCGUGUAUUUUUGUAAGGGAGACGUUACUAUUUGUAUAACUCCAAUCAGCUUGACAGUAUUCACUAAAAAAUUUGCUUUCUCUAUUUCAUUUCUGACCGUCUUAUGUCUGAAAUAAUCUAGAAGUUAAAUUGAGUAUUUGCUUACUAAAACAAGUAGUUUCUAAUUUUAAUACAACCCAAAGACAGUGACUCAGAGUGCAACCUGCGAACCAAAAUAUCUCAUCAAUAAAACAGCUUAUUUUUGUGAUCACUGGUACCUUCUCAAGCAUCUGACUCUAUAUUUUAUGCAUUGAUGUACUUCUUUCCCCACUUACUUCAUGUCAAAUAAGCUAUUUCUUGGAAUCACUGGUAUGUUUUUGCUCACACUGAUAAACAUUGACAAGGACGUAUGUGAGGCGACUCUGGAGGACAAAAAUGGGCACUAAAAGCUGCAGUUUUCCCAGAGUCCUGUGUCUCCUUCUGGUUCUAUCCAGAGCUCGUUUCUGUUCUUUUGUAAAUAUUGAUCAUCACUGUGUAUGUUUACAUUUCUGUGAGCGAGUACAUUUUUCCUUUCUUUCUCCAAAAUGGAUGAUUAUCAGUGUGAAUUUGGUUUUUACUGAAUAUAAACACUGCCACGGCUUAAUGAAUUUUUGAGUGUGUACAUUUUAGUACAUAAAUUGUAUUUGUAUUUUGUAAAUAAUAUUAAUGAAAUCAUAUUUUUACUGAA